AUGGCUAAUGACAAAGUCCAUGAUCUCCUAGUUAAGUUUGGUAGUCACGUACAUGUUGUGAAAGGGAUACAUCCAAAUGGUUAUCGUUUUUUGGAGUUGUACUCAACUGCUUAUGCAUUUGUGCUUAAACAUGAAUAUAAUCAGACUGGUUUAGCAUUGAAUAUGUUUUAUGAAUUUUCUGAGGAUAAUGGCAGAAUGAGAUUAAAUGGGGAUGAUGAUCUUAUCAUAAUGUUUGAAAUGAACUCAGAUGUUAAGGAGAUAGAUAUAAUUGUUGAGAUUGGUGAUAAGGAUGAUCUAAUUGAUUUAGACAAUUAUAUGGACCCAUUGGUACCUGAAAAUCCUGUGGGGGAAGAUGAUAAUGACUCUGAAAAUAAAACUGAUUACAGUUUCUCAGACAGUGAUGAUGAGGAGUGGAAUGAGGGAGAAUGGGGACAUGAUGAAGGACAAGAGGCACAUGAUUGGGCUAAUAUUGAAUUAGAAAUGGAAAGUCCUGAUAACAGUUGUGGUGAAUUAUCUGAUUAUAGUGACACUGCUGAUUUUAUUGGAGAAAGUGAUGAUGAAAGACCAGUUAAUGUGCAUAAACACGUUAAGGGGAUAUUGUUCAAGUAUGGUGAUCAUGGUGAGAUUAAAUUUGUGAUGGAUCAUUUGUUUGAUGACAUUAAACAUUUUAGGACUGUGUUAAAGGACUUUGCAGUUCAAAAGGGUUUUAAAUUGGUGAUGGUGAAGAAUGAGAGGACUAGAGUAACUAGUAAGUGUGGGAACCUAGGUUGUGAAUGGAGAAUCCAUGCAUCUCUACAAGUAGAUAAUAGCACCUUUAAGGUUACUUCACUUGGUCCAGAACACACUUGCAUUAGAACCACUAAGAACAAGGUGGUUACUUCUACAUACAUAGCAAACAAACUUGAAAAGGCAUUCAGACAUCAACCUGACAUCAAUUUAGAUAAGUUGGAACAAGAAGUAAGAGAUCAAUUUAAGGUGGAAGUGAGUGAGAAAUGCUUGAGGAGAGCUAAAAAUAAAGCUUUACAAAGUAGUGAUGGAACCCAUUCAGCUUCGUAUUCUAAACUGUGGCAAUAUGCAGCUGAGAUUCAGAAAACAAAUCCUGGGAGUUUGGUGUUUAUAAAACAUCCACAAGAUGAUGAACCAAGGUUUUUUAGGAUGUUUAUAUCAUUUGCAUCAGUGUUAAAUGGCUUCAGGGAUGGCUGCAAACCAUUUAUUGGUCUAGAUGGUUGUUUUUUGAAAGGCCCCUUUGGUGGUAUUUUAAUUACUGCAGUAGGGCUUGAUGGGAAUAAUGGGUUAUACCCAUUUGCAUAUGCAGUAGUGGAGUCUGAAAGAAAAGAAAGUUGGAAAUGGUUUUUGGAACACCUCCACAAAAUCACAGGUGACACGUGUGGAAAUAUGGCUUGGGUAAUUAUGACUGAUGGUCAAAAGGGCAUACUUCCAGCUGUGGAUGAAGUAUAUCCUUAUGCUCUCAAUAGGAGGUGUUGUAGGCAUAUUUAUGCCAAUUUUAGGACAAUAUAUCCUGGGGUUAAGUAUAGAAAACUGUUUUGGAUGGCAGCUAGGGCCUAUACUGAGUUGGAAUUCAACAAAGCAAUGAUAAAGAUACAAAGUAGCAGUCUACAAGCAUGGCAGUGGUUGAUGAAUCAUCCACUUGAAACAUGGGCAAGACAUAAGUUUGAUGAGAGACAGAAAUGUGAUUUUUUGACAAAUAAUGCAGUUGAAUCAUUCAAUUCAUGGCUUAAGAGGGUGAGGGCAAAACCUAUAACUGCUAUGUUUGAGGGUAUAAGAAUGAAGAUUAUGAGCAAAUUUUGCAAAAGGUUUCAAAAAUCUGCUACUUGGGAUAAUUUUGCAGUCCCAAAAAUCAGAAAUAAAUUAAACUUAGUUAUUGAAAAGGCUAGCACAUGUCAACUAAACUGGCCAGGUGGUGAUAUGUUUGAGGUGACAGAGGAAACUACAAUGAAAUAUGUUGUCAAUCUUCAUAGCAGAACUUAUGAUUGCAGGGAAUGGCAGAUCAGUGGCUUACCAUGUAAGCAUGUAGCAGCAUGUGUUACAUGGAGAAGAGGGAAUAUUGAGGAGUAUUGUCAUGGAUUCUUCAGUAGGUACACUUAUGUUAAAGCAUACAGAAAUUUGAUGUAUCCCAUGCACCAUGAGAGCUUAUGGGAUAAAGUAGAUAAGAAGGAUUUGCUUCCCCUAGAACUAAAAAGGCCUAUAGGCAGACCUAGAGUGGCAAGGAAAAGGGAAGCUGAUGAACCACAGGCUAGUAAGAGGUCAACUGUUAUUCAUUGUAGCAUAUGCAAGGAUACUGGGCACAACAAAAGGGGCUGUCAAAGGGCUCCAAUUUAG